GUUCCCCGGAUUUUGCUUCCGGAGCAAAUGGUAUGUAAGCAUGGCCGACAACGAGUCAAAGAAGGUGAUCAAGCUAGUUCCAGAGUAUCUUCUUAAGAAGAGGAAAACAUACCAGGCCAUCAAGGCCACUCAAGCCAAACUUGCGCUCCUAGAGAAAAGAAAGGUAACGAAAGGCAAACCACUCAAGUUCAAGCGUUUGGAGGAUUUCUUGAAAGAAAGCCACAAAAAGCACCGAGAUGAGACACGCAUCCGAAGGAACGAGCGCAGGCCCCCGGCCCCUCUGCCGCCCGAAAAAAACAAGCUGGCUUUUGCUGUGCGCAUCAGAGAGAUCAAAGGUAUCAGCCCCAAAGUGAUGAAGGUGAUCCAGAUGAUGAGGCUGAGGAAGAUCUUCAGCGGGACCUUCAUUAAGAUAAACAAGACCUCCAUGGAGAUGAUGAAGAUGGUGGAGCCGUACGUGGCGUGGGGGUUCCCCAACUUGAAGUCGGUCCGCGAGCUGAUUCUGAAGAGAGGCCAGACCAGGAUCGGCAGGAGGAGGGUUCCCCUCACUGACAACGCCCUCAUCGAGGAACACAUGGGUAAAACUGGCAUCAUCUGCCUGGAGGACCUGAUCCACGAAAUCUACUCAGUCGGCAAGAGCUUCCGAGCUGCCAACAACUUCCUGUUGCCUUUCAAGCUGUCGGUGCCGCGCCACGCCGCCAGGGAUAAAGCCGGACUGCUGAAGGACCUGGGGAACCCCGGCUUCAGAGCCACAGACAUCAACUCCAUCAUCAGACUCCUCAACUAACAAACGCGCACAAGACAUCGGACACUGAGCUCCACCUUAAAGGAAGGCCGUGUUUGUCGCAGAGCAAGUGUCAAGAGAUGGAGAGAGAGUAUUUCUCGGGUCGGAUUCUGAUCCUGUGUCUGUUUCCCGGUGUUUUGGUGUCGCUCUGCAGCAGGCUGGGAGAUAACCCAGUCAUGUAAAAUAAGGACUUUAGCUUUAUUCGCGUUGGUUUGCACAGGUUAUGAUGUGUCCAGAGAACAAGAACUGAAGCAGAAGAGUUCAGUGGAAAAUGGAGACUUUAUUAUGAACACAGAAACAUUCCUCAGUUUGUCAGAGGAGUUUUGUCUGUAAUAGAUCCAAUAAAUCAGUCAGGUUCAUGACACUUUACAAACAUGUUUACUGUGUUGAGCUGUUUGUAUUUUGGUUACACAGUCAAUGUAAUUUAGUGCUAAUAGAUAAAUUUUCAUUAAAAAAAAUGACUAUACACACAA